AUGAUGUACUUGUUGUACAAAACGAUAACCCGAGCGACGAUACCACCGUUUCCCAUACUACCGCGCGACGUCGACCCCUCUGACGAUGUCGUCGAUAACCACGACAUUAGCGCCAUAAUAGUAGCAACAGUGGUUCCGACAACCAUCAUAUCUACGUUAUUCGCGUUUGCGCGGUUGUACGUCAAGGGAUGGAUCCAGCGCCGGAUUCAAUAUGACGACGGGAUUCUUCUGGCAGCGGUGUUGGCGGGAUGGACGGCGACUGGGACGACGCUGAAGGCUGUCGCGCUCGGCAAUGGGAAACACGUUGGUAUGCUCACUGAUGAGCAGAAAGAAGAGACACUAAGAUGGACAAUAUUUUCAUUUGGCUUUGGAAUCAUUGCGCUGGCUUUGCCGAAGCUCGCCGUAGUGGCGCUGAUGAACCGACUACUCAACCCAAGACGACUUCACCGACUUUUUCUUUGGACACUGGGCUUGUUAUGCUGCGUCGGAUUGCUCGGAAAUGUGAUUGGGCUCUUUGCGGAGUGUCCGCAAGAAGCUGUGGUGAACAUCACGUACACAAAAACCGCCUGUCUAGGCCCAGAGAGAGCGGUUGCAUACUCAAUAUCAACGAGUGGCAUAUCCGCUGCUACGAAUGCUUAUCUCGCCAUCUACGUGGCACUAUCCGUUCGGAGGCUGAAGAUUGCACGAAGAAAGAGGCUGGCUAUCACGAUCUCUCUUGUUCUGGGUCUACUUGCAUUGUUUACCGCCUUAUUCAAGUGCACAAGACUAAAGUCCCUAGGAAGCCCCGACUUCACUUACGACUCAGCGGACCUUGUAAUAUGGACGAGUCUUGAGGCAGACGUCGUCAUUAUCGCCGCAUGUAUUCCAGCACUACAGCCUCUGGUCGAUCAUCUCUUCCCAGGGCACUUCUCAACGCCGAUGCCAUCUCCAACUAUCCCGGCUUCACCGACCUCUACCGCCUCGAGAAGGAAGCUAUGGCCUGGUCCCAUAUGUGGCGACCUUGAGGCCGCAAGAGAUUUCAGCCUAUCUCCACAGGGUCUUGAGAUGAUCAUGAUCGAGAAGGAAUUUGAGAUUGCCUACAGCAGAACUACAGUGAAGAGAUCCUGCACAUCCGAUACAUGGGUUUCGGAAUUGCCGGAUGAGGAGAAGUUCAGGAUAGUAAAGGAUCAUGGGCCCGAUGGGUCAAUCACGACGACGGUGGUGGUGAGAUCUGCAACUCGUCCACCGGAUCAUCCGGCUUUUCCGCCUCAAUGA